GUGGCCAAGAGGAGGGUUGUUUGAAAGCUUAUAACUUUUGUGAGGAUAUUAGAUAUUUGAAACUAUUAAACUGAAUGUGACGAUAUAAGUGAAUGAUAGGUGUAAAUACGACACCUUAAUUACAAACUAAGAAGUCUGCUGUAGACACGUAAUACAUUUUGCACAGGCUAACGAUAAAGGCGUAGAGUGAUUGCUUGCUAGUCAGUUAGCCACUGCUACCUGAUCGAAAGCUCCUGAAGGAUGGCGAGCGUACAUGAAAGUUUGUAUUUUAACCCAAUGAUGACUAACGGUGUUGUUCACGCUAAUGUGUUCGGUAUCAAAGACUGGGUGACUCCGUAUAAAAUAUCCGUACUGGCUUUGCUGUAUGAGAUGACGUCGUCGAAGAUAACGCUACCGGAAAGGAGACGACUGAAUAAGCUCAUCUUGCCUUUGCAGCAGAGCUCAGACCUGUCUCUUGGCCAGUUCCUCAAGACUGUGGAGGAGUGUUGCCCUGAGACUGCAUAUGCCGUCAAAAUCAGGCUCCACGAAAUGGUAGAUGGAGAGCUUAAAGACAUGGAAUACUUCUUUUCAACUCUUCCCACUCCUUUCACAGCUUUUGAUUCAGAGGCAUAUAAAACCAGUGUUGUGGGUCUCUUUAUGAGACACAUGCUCCUGGCCUACAACAAGCUUUCCUUCAGUCAGGUGUACAAGCUGUACAAGUCCCUGCAGCAUUAUUACCACAGUCACUAUUCCAAGCCCACUGAGGGCCAAGUGGGUUUGACGGCAGUGGCUGCAGAUGACUGUGAUAUGGACCUCACCAGCACUGAGGAUAUUGUCGGUGACCGAACUGACAGGGAGGAGGGGGACGCCCCAUUGGACGAAGCAGAAAUUCGGGACGAAAACACUCCAAGUAAAGGUCCCCUGUCACAAAAGCAAGCAGAGUACUUCCUAGCAAGACAGGCAUACCUUCUGAAGAAUGACGAAAACAAAUCCCUGAAACCGGCUGUGCUGCAGGAGGAGCUUAACAACAUGCUAAAGUUUAACCCAGACUUUGCUGAGGCGCAUUACUUGAACUAUCUGAACAGCAUCAGAGUGCAGGACAUCUUCCUCUCUGCUCAUAGUCUGUUACAUUAUUUUGAUCGCCUCAUCUUGUCUGGGAAUGAGGGGAAGAGCAACGGAGAUGAAGGUUACGGCAGAAGUCUCCGCUAUGCUGCUCUCAACUUAGCCAGCCUUCAUUGUCGCUUUGGACACUAUCUGCAGGCUGAUCUAGCACUGCAGGAGGCGAUCCGCAUCGCCCAGGAAUCCAAUGAUCAUGUCUGCUUGCAGCAUUGUUUGAGUUGGCUCUACACACUGGAACAGAUGAAAGGAUCAGAUACCACUGUGUUAACGUUGGAUUCUGUCAAAAUGGCUGCUCAUUUCUGCUUGCCGUACCUGGCUUCUCUGCGCAUCCAGUCUUUGGUCCAGCAGAGGACGACACAGGGUAAAACUGCAAUGGAUGUGCUGAAGGACGCAGACAUCCUGCAUUGGAAGCAUAGCUUGUCGGAGCUGAUCGAGAUCAGCUUGGCUCAGACGACGUCCAUAUGGAAGAUGUAUGGCAAGAGCACCAUGGCUCUGCAGCAGGCCCAGCUGCUUCUCCACAUGAGCAGCCUAGAGCCGGUCAAUUACGGGGUCCAGCAGAACAACACAGAGGCCUUCGCUGUGGCUCUCUGCCAUCUGGCAGAGUUGCAUGCUGAGCAGGGCCUGUAUGGUGCUGUUGCAGACAUCCUACAGCAUCUUAAAGAUCAGUUUCCUGCUCAUACACAACAUGCCAAGCUCUGGAUGCUGAGUGAUCUAAAAAUCCAAUUUGAGAGGCACAUGAUUGAAGGAAAAUACAACUUGGCAGAACAACUGGUCCCAUCAAUUUCUGCUUUAAACAAAACAGAGGGUCUCUACAGAGAAGUCUGUGUUCUGAAAGUUCUCAAUCGUACCACUGAGGCUUACAGCGUCUUGCAGCGACUGCAGGUGCACUGCGAGAAGAAUAAAUGCACAGAGACAGUCAUCAGAGUUUUGCUUUCGACAGCUGAGCUCCACUGGCAGUCAUCCGGCUUCUCCACAGCUCUUCCUCUCCUUUUCCAGGCUCUGGCUCUGGCUCGACAGCACCACCUACAGUCGCUGGCCUCAGAGACCCUCCUACACCUGGCCUUCACUCAAUUGAUGCUGGGGGUCCCCGAGCAGGCUCUUCUUGUCCUGCAUGAAGCAAUUGAGCCUGUUUUGGCACACGGUGCAAUCGUGGACAAAGGGCGCGCCCUGCUGCUAGCAGCCCGCUGUCAGAUGGCUGUUGCUGGAUUCAGGCCAAAAAGACAAGGGCAAGCAGCAGAUUUGCGUGUGGCUGUUUCGGCGGUGGACAUGCUAAUUGAGGCUGCAGUAUAUUUUUCCAAGAUCAACUGCAAGGAGCGCCUCCUCGACGUCCACUUCCUGCAGGCUCAUCUUUACCAUUCUCUGGGACAAAUGUCACAACGCAACAAAAGUGCCAUGCUCUUUCGCUUGCUGGACCAGGAGCUACGUUCACCAGCACCCUCACUUUCUAUGCGCCUUUAACUGUCUAUGUGCAAAAAAGAAAGUCUGAAUUAAUAGCACCACUAGAUGGCAGUGAGACUCUGUUCAGCGUCAAAGCCUCUUUUCAGUGCAAUAGUUAAUUUGGACAUUUGGAGGUGAAUGUGAAACUCCUGCUGAAUACAGGACAAUGUCAGUGGUCCGUGUUCAAUACAAGAUAAGGUUCACUUCCUACGUAAUGGUGGUCCAGUACAGUUGUAAAUGAUGGCAUGUCGAUAAACAUAACCUGGUUUAAUAGCUUGCACAACAGCAUGUGCUGCAAGAAAUUGUGAAAGUUUAUCAGCAGCUGUCACGCUGCUGCUGUUUAAGCUGCCGCUUUUUGAUAAAUGGAGGUAAUCUUGCAGUUUCACUGGCCUGGAUGAUUCAUAGUUCGCCUGGAGAAUACUGAUGAUGCAUCCACAGAAGGAAAUUGUGAUCACAUAUAUAAUGUAGAAGACCUGCCAUGACAUAACAGCAGACACUGUGUCUGGAUUGCACUUAGCUUUGACACGAUGUGUGCAGACUAUUUGGGCUGAUAACAUCUAUGGUUUAUGACAGAACUGGUCUAUAAUUAUGAAGCCUUUUUGUUUUUAUGCAUUUUUAUCUCACCUUAUAGGUGUAUUUUGUUUUAAUUAGCCUGGCAAGUAGAGUGUGCGGAACCUUGGCAGGUUUUCUCAUUGAAACUAUUGACACCACUUAUAGCUAUCCAUCCAUUUUCUAUACAACUUGUCCUCAAUAGGCUUGGGGAUGAACUGUUGCCCAUCCCAGCUAACUUUGGGCAAGAGGCGAGGUACACCCUGAAUUGGUUGCCAGUCAAUCACGGGUUACAUAUAGACAUGUAGAUAUUUUAGAUUAUACACGUUAUUUUCCAGAAAGUUUCCCUCAUUUUGAAAUGCAAAUAUUGACAAGAUGUUAGGAUGAGGUGUGGAAAAAUUUUAGAAAGCAUUGAGAUAUCCAAAAAAAAGAGUGGAAGCUGAUGCAUUUUUGGUUUUAGUUUAGACUGUGCUGUAUUACAACAUAGAUAAAACAUUGUUUAGUAGUAUUUCGUAUGCCUUCAUACACAAGACUCAUACUAAGGUGUGUGGUCUCUGCUAGCAGGUUGCUGGCCUUGCUUAUUCGCCAUCAUUCUAACUUGGCGCCUUGUUUGACUUGAUGUCAGUUUCUGUAUAAACAGACCGAUGACAGAGGUUGGUUGUAAAUGAAGGUCUGUUUUUAAUCAAACAGAGGGUAAAGAAUUUUGGCAAGUGAAUCGGUGUUUGUCCUCACGGUGAACAAAUGCAUCAGGACACCAAAACAGCUUCUGGGAAGUCUUUCUACAAGAUGCCAGAGUGUGUGGGAACUUUUAUCUAUUCAUCAUGAGGUCAGGACUCACAGGUUCCUCCACAUCCUCCAAGCAUGCCUUGAUGGAUCCCAGCUGAGACUUGAGAGGGGAUACACCCUGGACUGGUUGCCUGUUUUUAGUGCAGUAGAGUAGUCCAACUAUCAGCCGUAACCCUCAGAUACUCAGAUAUUGCUAUUAAUGAGUGGUGUGCAGCAGGGCCAGCAAAGCCUUCUCUGUUGGCCUAAACUCUUUAGAAUUUGAUGGUCAAUUGUGUUGAAUGCUGCUGUAAGGUCUAAUAAAACUAAUACUGAAAUGAGGCAUUUGCCUGAGCCGGUGAGGAGGACGUUUGUAAUUUUUACGAGUGCUGUUUCUGUGCUGUGGUGCAUCCUAAAUCCGGACCGAAAGACCUCAAGUGGAUGGUUGUUUUGAAGGAAAUGGUGUAACUGUUUGGCGACUGCUUUCUCUAGGAUCUUGGACAAAAAUGGUAGGUUGGUUAUUGGUCUUUAGUUAACAUGGUUAGUUUUUUUAAAAAAGCCGUUAGAUUACAGCCACUUUGAACGAUCGUGGUACGUACUGUAGCCUGUCGCUAGCAACAUAUCUUGAGAAGAGUUGUGUUAACUAGUGGAGUAGCAUCCUUGAGCAAGUGAGUAGGGAUGGGAUUUAACUGGCAAGUUGAGGAGUUUGAGGAGGAAAUUGUAGAGGCUAGUUCAGAAGAGUUGAUGGAGCAAAAACUAUUUAAAUGUGUGUCAGACACAUUUGGAGACAGAAGGGCUCAAGCCACAAGCAAAUAGUCACAACAAAGCAUAGUUUGUUCUGCUAGCAAAUCAUCCAUCCUUCCAUCUGUUUUCUAUGCCGCUUAUCCUCACUAGGGUCGCCGGUAUGCUGGAGCCUAUCCCAGCUGACUUCGGGCGAGAGGCGGGGUACACCCGAGACUGGUUGCCAGUCAAUCGCAGGGCACAUCUAGACAAACAUUCACACUCACAUUUUCAUAUUAGCACUGUUAUCUGAUACACGAGUAUGGUUUUGUCCACUGGUGUGUAGUUAGCUAUUUGGAACUCAAAUGUGAUUAGAAAGUGGUCAGACAGAACAGGAUUUUGUGGAAAUAUUGUAAAGCAUUUAAUGGUAAACUGCACUUUUUGGGAAUUUUGCCCAGCAUCCACAAUCCUUAUGUGAAACAUGAACACAUAUUUCUUUCCCGUUUCUGUGCGUCCUAAAGAGAGAAAACAAUUUAGCAUGAGGGAGCUAACAAUGCGUCUCAUGGGACCCACCUAUUUUGACUAUAAAGCUCUAACAACAUUUGUUUUAUAUACAAGCUGUGAUCAACAGGUACAUUCAUGAUAACAUAUACUACUUAUGGUAUUUUGCCUUAUUUUGAUCUUUUAAACAUUACCGGAACUUCAUUCCUAGGCGCAUUGAUUUCACAUAGCCGUCAAGAACAUUAGCAUAGAAACAGCGUGUCUGUUUGCUAUUACUAAUCAUGGAAGACUUUGUGAGAGACGCCGCCACCAGCUAUUACUUUUGGAAAAAUGAGGAACCAGGACCUUAUCUUUUGAGCCUAAAUAUAUGGAAGAUGAUAUCAGGUAAGAAGCCCCCUUACUCCCCUUAGAAGCUACUGCUAAAUCACUUACAAUGUCCGCUCUGAUUGGGAUGCCGACUGAUGGAAUGGCUGUGACUUGUGCUACCCGUCCAGCUGGUAAAUUUAGCAAAGUCCUCAGGUAAAAAUGCUGAGGGCAAACGGGCAUCUUGCUGAGUCUUCAUAGAGAUGUUGCCGAGUCUAAGUUGAGAGCCUUUAUCCACUGCUUCAGUCUGUCCUGUUUAGUUGGUAGCAUGUGGAAUGUCAAAAGUUGACCAACAUUUCAACUUAUUGCCACAACCUUCUACAAUACACUUGCGAGGCAUGAUUUAUAACCUAGCGUUAACGUUUCAAAACUCACAAUUAACACAGCAGCAGCUGCAGUAGGUAGUGUACUGCUCGGCAGUGGCUUGGGGUGUCGUGAGUGACGCUGAGACUAGCAAGGCGUUGUGUUACUCCGCCAGAAAAAUACAUGUUUGUGUUAGCUGCUACAAUAACAAUAUCGCUGUAGCUUGGUUAAAAUACAGGUCAGUUAUGUAAAUGGAACAUUUUUUAGGGCUUUAUAGUCGAAAUAUGUGGGUCCCAUGACGUGCAUUGUUAGCUCCCUCAUGCUAACUUGUUUUCUCUUUUUAGAACUCGCAGAAAAGGGAGUUCAUGUCAAAACAGAUGCCUUACUCAUACAUUGGGCAAACCUAUACAAUAAUAUAAAGUCACCUCUCUGAACAGUGCAAGAGUUGUGCAUGUGUGUGUGUCAGCGCUAACUUUUGUCUGACUAUUAGUCCUAACAUUCUAGUUUAAUGUGAUAAUGAGCAGUGGAUUAAUUAUUGGUUUCCAUUUAUGGUGACUACUGAUUGAGGUAACGGAUGAGAUUGCAUAGAUCCUGGACCUUAGCCUGGUCUGGAACAGACGCCACAGAAUAAAUCUCCAUGGUAACUUAUAUCAGAACAUAUCCCACGUGCCACUAUCUCACGGAUAAAUUAAGCCAGGAUAACCAAGAUAUCCUAUCUUAAUCCCUUAUCCUAGUUUUGUGAAAUGGGCCCGUGAUCUACUUCCACACAGGAGAACAUGCAAACUCCACACAGAAAUGCCCAACGAAGAUUCGAACCCAGGUCUUCCCGAUCUCCAGACUGUGACUGUGUGGCCAACAUAUUAACCACUAGACCACCGUGCGGCCACAGGACUGCUUGUAUGCCAGAUAAUAAAGUGCACGCUUUAUCUAUCUAUUUAUCUAUCUAUCUAUCUAUCUAUCUAUCUAUCUAUCUAUCUAUUCUUCUCAAAAAGAUGUCAUUAUAUAUCGCUUCAUCUAUCUAUCUAUUCUCUCAAAAAUAACUCAUAAUACAUCACUUAGAUACUGUAUAUCACAUCCUGUUGCUUUUUAUCUUGAGCCCAUACACACAUAAUCUAGUUGUAGGACAUACCUCCCACUUAGAUAUCUUUUUAUCUUGAGCACACACCCACACACAGUCUAGUUGUUUCCAAAAAAAUUAAAUAUCAUGGAAAAAUUUAUUUAUUUCGAUAUCUCCAUUCAAAAGGUUCAACUUUCAUAAAUUAUAGAUUCAGCAGCCCACAAUUUAAACUAUUUCAAGUAUUUGUUUAUUUUUACAUAAUUUGGGCUUCCAGCCAGUAAAACCCACAAAAAGAGGAAUUGAAAAAGUUUCAUCGUUCAGAGCAAAGGAGGCUGGUUGGUCAAGCAUACUGUAUCAAUGGAAAGUCGAAGAUGACCGGGGGCUUCAGCAAUCUGGCAGACAUUCAGACACAUCCUGGGGAACUGUCGAGUUCCUCGGGUCAAGUCAAUUCUGAGCCUGGGCUAACGUAGGAAGCGUCUCAACUGGGCCAAGGACAAGAAGGAUUGGAAUGUUGGCCAGUGGUCCAAGGUCAUUUUUUCCGAUGAAAGCAAAGUGUGCCUUUCAUUUGGGAAUCAAGGAGGAACAGAACCCAAGCUGCUUGAUGUCCAGUGUGAAAUAUCCACAGUCCGUCAUGAUUUGGGGUGCAAUGUCCGGUGCAGGUGUUGGUAAACUGCUUUCUUAAAUCCAAGGUCACCGCAACAGUCUACCAGAAUGUUUUAGAGGACUUCAUGAUUCCUUCUGCUGAGGAUCUGUAUGGAGAUGCAGAUUUCAUCUUCCAGCAGGACCUGGCCCCUGCCCAUACCGCCAGAAGCACCGAAACCUGGUUUGAUGCCCAUGCCAUCACAGUGCUUGACUGGCCAGCCAACUCACCGGAUCUAAACCCAAUUGAGAAUUUUAUUUAUUAUCAAGAGGAAAAUGAGGGGCACCAGACCCAAAAACAAAGAUCAAGGAAAUCUGGGCUUCCAUAACUCCCAGCCAGUGCCACAGGCUGAUUGCCUCAAUGCCACGGAGCAUCCAGGCAGUGAUUAAGGCAAACGGCAACCAAGUAUUGAAGAUUGACAUAUCGUUUUGAAAGUACCAUAUUUUGAUUGUUUUGAUGUGAUCUUUAUUUCUUUUUUCUGCAAAAACGGAGGGAUACAUGGUGAUUUCUUCACAGUAUUCUAUUUUUUUGAAUUCCUGUUUUUGUGGGUUUUAUGAGCUGGAAGCCCAGAUGAUGUAAAAAUAAACAAAUAAAUACUGAACAUUGUUUAAAUUGUGGGCCGUGAAUCUAAAAGCUAUGAAAGGUUAAUUUUUUGAAUGGAAUUAUGGAAAUAAAUCAACUUUCCCAUGAUAUUCAAAUUUUUUGGAAAGGGUCUGUACCUCCCGCUUAGAUAUCUCUUUAUCUUGAGCAUAUACGCACACGCACACAUAGUCUUGUGG